UAGUCCCAGGCUGUUAAUGCCAUCACGCUGACUUGGUACAUAGUACCAAUAUGCACCGAGUCCGCGUGAGGAUAAUUGCGAUCUCUCAUGAUCAGGGGCUCUUCAAAUCAUCAAGAAGAGCUGGGAAAUCUGACGUCCGAUACAAAAAUGUCCAGCCAUUUAAUAGUAGGAAAGAUCGAACCCCUGAACGACUCACAUGUGGCCCGUUGCCUCGAUAAACCCGCCACUGGUACUAUCAGCCCAUCUCGAUAUGCUUAUACAGCUCUACACAAUGUAGUCCUGGAUUGCUAAUGGCGGUUAUCACGCUGACUAGGUGCAUAAAUAUACAUCGAGUCAGCGUGUACACAAUGUAGUCCUGGGUUGCUAAUGGCGGUUAUCACGCUGACUAGGUGCAUAAAUAUACAUCGAGUCAGCGUGACGACAAUUGCGAUAUAACAAGCUCAGGGUCAACGCGAGGAGGACGUUCAAUACAAAAAAAAUGGCUGGGCAUUUAGUAGGAAAAGCCAAAUAUACAAGACCCAGGACCCCGAGGUCAUAGGCUGAUCGAAACUCCUCUCGUCAGCUUUUGUAUUCGUGCCGUCGUACCGACAACUACAUGUUUUAUGACGACCUCGCCAAUUCCUCGAUUCAGGGGCUUCAGAUACUUAUAUACCUCUGAGCAUGACAGUACUACCAAACUUGUAAAGGAGUGAAGAACGUACUUAUUAUACUCUGGGGCUUUCUUGUGGGUAAAGACAGUGGCAAUGUCAUUAUAUUUGGCGAGACUGGCGUCGGGAAAAGCUCUGUUGUUAAUAGGAUAGUAGAAGAAGAGCUCGCAAUGAAGUACAAUGAUGCCACUUAGAAACGCGUUCCUAUUGUUAUCGUUAUUAUGGGCCUUGAGGACAAGGUAUACAUGGAUGGAUGAGAACGAAGAAACCUUCAAACAGUACGGGAUGCAGCCUGCUGGGCACGUCUGCGUGACUGCUAUAAAAGGCGUUAGAGGUCGACUGGAAGAGAGAUACAGAGACUCAAGGACAAAAGCACACAUUUUAUUGGAGCAGCUCGCUUGAAAGGGGUUUCAGAGAGGCCUCAGGGAGGUGGGGUGCUCAGAGGUUUUCUCCAUACCAGCACGCUGGACGUUGAGCUAAUGUGGAUUGUCCGCGCUUGAUGCAAAAAAAGUUAUCUUGCCUGUGGUGCCAAUGGCCACAGGAGGACGAUAGCAAAACUCUGGGUGGGUUAGACAGAAAUCUAUAGGAGAGCUGGACCUUACAGUAAGCCUCAUCACAGAAGAAUGUCUGGAUUU